GGCGGACAGCCAAUCAGCGGCCUCCUUGCUUCCCCGGCCGUCCAAUGGCCGCGCGCCUUGUUAGUCGGCCUACCCGCUUCAUUCGUCGAGCGUAGCGCGACCGUUACGGUAACUGUUUCCGUUCUCCCUCCUGCGAAGAGUGAAGCCCUUCUCGCCCGGACCGUGUUGUAAAUUUUGUCUGGAGGACUACGACGCCAGAAGCCGAGCCCCCACACCCCCUCCGUGUGCUGUGUUGGUUUAUGCGCACACACCAUGCCGGAGUUCCUGGAGGAUCCGUCCGUCCUGACUAAAGAGAAGCUGAAGACGGAGCUGCUGGCGAACAAUGUGAGUUUGCCGAGCGGCGACCAGCGCAAGGAUGUCUACGUGCAGCUCUACCUCAAGCACCUGACGGCGAAGAAUCGCAGCACCCCGGAGUUCUCCAGCGACGACGAGCGGGAAUCUACCCCUCUGAGGGGCCGCGGCCGCCCCCCGGGCAGGGUGAGUAAACUCUCUCUCCAAUAUCGCUCCUUCACAGCUAUUCACUAAACUCCGAACUCAAAUCCCAACGGCAACAUUCCGGCCACAAUAACUUUUUAUAUGAGAAAGAGAGGGGAAAAAAAAAUCUUACCACGAGGGUUACAUAUCAUUGCAAAUAGUUUAUUUUUAUUAUAAAUGUGGUUGCCGGUAGCGUUCCCUCUGAGAGCGGUCCCCGAGCUCGCUGUGCGGUGUUGUUCUCGGUUCUGGCCCGCGGGCGGUGUGGUGGACAAGUCUACACUUGUCUCCCUGUGCUUUAUUUACACCGAGAGCCGAAUGAAUGGGACCUGCCGGAGAGAGGGGGGGUUAACCCGCUCACUGCCGGUACCAGCUGCAAACACCGCUCCUUCCAGACAUGUAGAGUCUAAUGCAACUCGGGAAAACAAGGUUUUAAAAACACGGGGUUAUUGUAAGAGGGAGCGCGGAGGCUGUUUGCUGCCCGGACACUAAUCGUUUUAAGAUGAUUAAAGAGCUCAGUCAGCACACACCCACUGCAUUCAAUGGGAUGAAAGUGAAUUCCCGGAGUCAGGUUACUAUUAAUGCGGAUCGGGAGCGAUGAUAAUCACGUGGUUUAGGUCGGGUGGUCCCGGCUCUGUACACACUUUACUCUCAUUGUUGUUUUCGCGCUCAGUCUAGCGCCCCAUAGUGGAUCUCAGGGUCAUUCUGCGUUCCCGCUUUUUUUUCCCCUCUUCUUUUUUUAUUUUAAUGUCUUUCUUGGAUUAAACCUCUAGAUACAUAUAGAAUAGAGCUAGGCCACCUACAGCACUACAGAUGUGAUAAUGAUCUUACAGCUAUGAUAUUGGCAAAGUACCCAGAAAGAUGUAGUCGAUAACAUCUGGAGUCCGUAGGUUGCCUACACCUGCUAGAAAAGAAAAUAUAUAUAUAUAUAUAUAUAUAUCUAUCUCUAUCUUUUCUAGCAGGUGUAGGCAACCUACGGACUCCAGAUGUUAUCGACUACAUCUUUCUGGGUACUUUGCCAAUAUCAUAGCUGUAAGAUCAUUAUCACAUCUGUAGUGCUGUAGGUGGCCUAGCUCUAUUCUAUAUAGAUUCCAUUUAUCCUUUACAGAUGAGAUAGAUAGAUAUAUAUAUAUAUAUAUAUAUAUAUAUAUAUAUAUAUAUAUAUAUAUAUAUAUAUAUAUAUAUAUAUUCAAAAUAUAAACAAAGAACAAGUUAGACCUGCAGAUACGCCACACUGAAGUCCCAACAGUGUAUAUACAACCAAAAAACAAACGAGUUCUGCACAUCCAGUAUAGGUGUGCACACCCAGGUGCUACCGCAAUUUAUUGGAGGACAAAGUUAAAACCACAAACGUUUCGAGCAGUUGCCCUUUCUCAAUGCUAAUAUUUUGCUAGAAAAGCUAGUGUGCCAGAGUCAGUUUUGUAAGGUCUAGUCGGGUUAUUUGAGAAAUGCCAUCAUUGAGAACUCAUCAAUGAAAAUUUGAACAUUUCAAAUUUAGCAUUAUGAAACCUGGAAUGGCAAAAAUUUUGUAUUAUCCAUAUUGUUUAGUGUUUUAAAGUAGGGUUCUCAUCAACCUAUUUCUGUAACACUUUGUAAUUCUCAUUUAGUAAGUUUUAUACUAUUGUAAUGCUCUGCGGAAUAUGUUGGUGCUAAUAUAAAUAAUAAAAAGGUCUACAAAACAAAAAUGGGGGAGGAAAAGUACCAAAUAAGUCUCCUGUAUAGGGGUUAACCCCUGGUGAAAACAACUUCACCAAGAACGUACAAAAAAGCUAAAUGGGGGCAUGGAGACAAAAUAGGAUUCUGUCCUAUAAAAUAUCCUGAAGAGUGGGUUCCCCUGCUGGUUUCGGAGAAGGGGUAAUUUACCGAAAAAAGGAAGGGGGAGGCGUAUAACCCAGUGCCACCUCUGUCGAUAAUAAAACGUAACUUUUAUUGAGAAUAAAUAUAAAUGAGGUGGGAAAAAAACCUAAAAAACAUUGAAAAUAAAAUAAAGUAUUUAUUUAAGGAUUCCCGGUUGGGAAACUAUUGCAAUGUACUAGAUACCAUGCCCAGACCUCCCUCUUUACUAUUGAUCUAGCAGAUACAGUGUUAACAUGUGGUCGGGGUUGUCCCUGUACACACAAUUAGCUAUAUUGUCUUUCACAGUCUCUUAUCAUUGCGACUCUCACCAUUUAGACAAUAACUCCCUUUUGUACGGGGUUAACAUUGUGAGUCUACAAACAGACUAUCUAUCUUCUGUACGCAUGUUAUACUGUAACAAGCGUCUCCAAUAGUACAUGUCCCGGCACAGUUUGCUUUUCUGGCCAGCUAGUAGAUGCCAAAAAUGGGUUAUGCUCUGCAACCCAUUUGAGUAUAUGCGAUUUUAUAUAUAAAUUGCAGUUAGGGGAUACUCUGCUCUAAAACUUAGGACUGUGACUAUGGUCAACUAUGCACAGUCAAGACCAGGGGUCCUCAAACUGUGGCCCUCCAGAUGUUGCUGAACUACAACUCCCAUGAUUCUUUGAAUUACAUAGAUAUUCAGAGAAUCAUGGGAAUUGUGGUUCAGCAACAUCUGGGGGGCUGGAGUUUGAGGACCCCUGGUCUAGACAGUUAACUAUCUAUUACAACUGUACUUGUCUCUUCACACCUUUUCAACCACAGUACGAUAUCAGACGCUGGAAAUGGUUUCUGCUUUGUGACCCAUCUGCAUAUUUGAAUAUAUUAUUUAUUUUACAGCAAGGCGAGAGUCUGCUUUAUAAAGCGAUAAGUACAGUCUACUGUGAGUAAAUUGCACAGCCUUGAUAGUCUACCAUUUGUAACAAUCGCAUUUGGUAACAGUCCCUUGUCUUAGUUUGAUACAAUUCUGACUUAUUGUGACUGCCCCUUUGUAUCAUAGUGGACUUCUGCAUUUACUAUCUAUUAGACUACCUAGUCUCAUACCGACUUGGUGGGCGGUGUUUUCCACCCACGCAUUAUACUUUAUUUUAGUUUAUUUUUCGUGUUUCUUAAAUUUUUUCACCUCAUUUAUAUUUCUCUCAAUAAAGGUUGUUUUAUCAUCGAUGGAGGUUUCACUGGGUUAUACACUUCCUCCUUCCCCUCGCUUUUUCCGGUAUAUUCCCCCUUCUCCGAAACCAGCAGGGGAACCUGCUCUUCGGGAUAUUUUAUCAGAAUCCUAUUUUUGUCUCCUGCUCCCCCUUUAGUUUUUUUAGUUUUUUUUUUUUUACUGUUUCAGUGAUGCUGUUGAAUAAAUUUAAGGCACUGUAUUUCAUUCAGUUCUGUGUGCAUCAAUAUAUACAUGACAUGUUCCUUUAGGCGACCAUGAAUUGAACCUGUUGUGCUAGCAGAAUUGGUAUAAAGUGUUGAUCUAGCAUAAAUAAUGUAAUACUUAACAUUAUACUUUUCUAAUUCUGUCAUAUGAGACUCGCACUGUGGCAAUUUAAAGAUUUAAUAUUAUGAAAAAAAACUGUUUUGUGAAAUAUAUAUAUAUAAAGCAUAAUUUCCAGAUUUUUUUUAAUAUAUAUAUAUAUAUAUAAAAAAAAGCAUAAUGUCCAGAUUUUUAUUUAUAUAUAUAUAUAUAUAUAUAUAUAUAUAUAUAUAUAUAUAUAUAUAUAUAUAUAUAUAUAUAUAUAUAUAUAUAUAAAUAAAAUCUGGACAUUAUGCUUUUUUAUGUGUGUGUGUAUAAUCAAUAUCCUUCUACGUGUAUUUUGAUAUUAAUAUAUAUAAUUAUAUAUAUUAUUAAAAUACACUUGGGGGGGUGGGGGUGUGUGUGUGUGUGUGUGUGUGUAUAUAUAUAUAUAUAUAUAUAUAUAUAUAUAUGUGUGUGUAUUUUAUUUGUAACUGUCAUUUAUUUAUUUUUUUAACUGAUAUUUUAUUUUUAUUACAGGAGAGGGGGCAGAGACAGUAUCAGCCAGUGAUUUCACAUCACUGGCUGACACACAGGAUCAGUGAUCACAGUGACUGGCUGUCACUAUGAUCACCUCCUGCAGAUUGGGUAAUUGACCAUAGAAGGGAGUGCCUGGGUGGUACAAGCACUCCCCCUACCAAUCUGCAGGGGUUCAUUGCGCCUGUUAUAUGUAUCAGCCAUUAGGCUGACACAUGUAACACUGAUCGCAGUGACAGGCUGUCACUGCGAUCAGAGCGCUCUGAGAUCGCAGUGACCGUGCAGAUCGCGGUCACUGACCUCAGGGUGACUGUAAAAUAGGCUAAAAUUUGAAAUCGGCUGACAUUGUAAAUACUGAUCGCAGUGACAGCCUGUCACUGCGAUCAGAGACUGCAGAUCGCGGUCACCGGCCCUGUCACCUGUUAACCCCCGAUUAGCGCCGGCCACGUGGGCGGCCAUUAUAGCGAGGGCGUACUAUUACGCCAGCCGGCGUUUAGAGCCAGCUCCUGCAGGGCGUAAUAGUACGCCCUCCAGAUUUAAGGGGUUAACCCUGCAAUUGAAAACACUGUCCUUUAGUAAAUACUGCAAGGUUUACCUUCCUCUGGUAAGUCUUCCAUAUAGUCACUAGAGACGCUUCCACCCCAAUAGCAGAGUUAUAGGAACAAUAUAGUGUCUGGAAUGCAUACCUGUAUUCCUGACACUAUAGUUCUAAAUACCAGUUUAGGUCUCCGGUUAAAAUGUGCGUUGACUCGCCUUUUUUGCUGGUCCAGUUGUGGCUGGCCCCUCCCCAUGAUUAUCUCAGUCAAUUAAUGCUUUCCCAUCAGAAAGAAUUGGGAGAGUAUCGUGCAUGCGCGGCAAAUCGUCAUCUUCUCAUAGCGUUACGUUGACUCGUUACGUUUGUAUGGGAAGCUUUCAGAGGCGCCAUGCAGAACAUGUCACUAGGCAGUAAUGUAAACACUCCCUGUUCUCUGAAAGGGCAGUCUUUACAUUAAAAAACCUGUAGGCACAGGCUAUAGACACUUUAACAACUGCAUUAAGAUGCAGUUGUUGUGGUGAUUAAAGUGUCUCUUUAAACUUGGCUAUUCAAUCACAUGAUCUCAGAGCCCAUUUGAUUUACAUGGUGAUGUUUUGCCGCAGAUGCGCCAGAGACUGGCAUUUCAUAGGUUUAUCGCAAAGUAAAUCUCACAUUUUAAUCCAUCACAUAGCAUGGGGACAUACACUAAAAUAGGUAGUUUUGAAUGAUGGCAUUAAAGGGACACUAUAGUCACCUGAACUACAGUUUUUACAUUGAUAGGAAUACCUCCAGUGGCCGUCACUCAGACUGCCACCAGAGGGACUUCCUAUCAUGUAGAGCCCUUGUACACGUCCGACGUAUUAUACUGUCAGCAGAGGAGAGGGGGCGGGCAAAGACCGCGAGCUGAGCUGUCAGUAUAAUACGACUAAAUCAUUGCAUCUCUAUGAGGAAAAUUCAGCGUCCCCGUGCAGAGCGUGGAGACUCUGAACGGCAGUGCAGCACUGAGCAAGGAAGCACUUCCAGUGGCCACUUGGAGGUGUCCCUAGGGGCAAUGUAAACACUGCAUUAUCUCUGAAAAGGCAGUGUUUGCGUGAAAACGCCUGCAAUGAAUGAUUAUACUCACCAGAAGAACUACACCAGUUUCCCAAUUGGUGUGAACAAUAAAAUGGCUGCAGGCGGCGAGGGAGCAGUGGGCCAUUAUCUCCCUGCUCAGCUCCUGCACGCGCACAGCAGUGAUGCGUGAGCCAGAAUAUGACGUCCCUCCGGCAUCAGUAAGAGGCACACGAGGGAGCUAAUCAGGGAGAUCACUGCUUCCUCGCAGCCUGCACGCCAGCUGCUCAGCAGCCCCACUGGACCAAUGGGAUAUAGAGACUCCAUGCCAGCACUGCCAAAGGUAGGGGGGCUGGGUCGAGUUAAAUAAAAAAAAAAAAUAAUAAUAAUAAUUGUAUGUGUGUCUGUUUGGGAGUGUGUUUGUCAAAGAGUAUGUGUUCCUGAGUGUGUAUCUGUGUGUCAAGAUUUGUGUUUGUAUGUGCCUAUGUGAGUGUGUAUCUGAGUGUCUCAGUGUGUGUAUAUGACACUGUAUGUAUUUGUGAGUCAAGGUCUCUGUGUCAGAUACACACACUUUGAUACAGAAUAUAUAUUUAUAUUUAUAUACACACACACCGAUACUCACUGUGUGUCAAGGUGUUCCUUGUUACAGACAAAUACAGAUCCACACGGUGUCAAGUUGUGUGUAUCUGUGUGUCGGAUGCAAACACCGGCACAUACAAAAAAAGGCGCACUUUGUUGAUACAAUAUGUUAAAGGGUUCCACGGUAAAAAUAAAUUGGGAACCCCUGAACGACAUUAAGCUGUAGUUGUUCUGAUGACUAUAGUGUCCCUUUAACCCCUUAAGGACACAUGACAUGUGUGACAUGUCAUGAUUCCCUUUUAUUCCAGACGUUUGGUCCUUAAGGGGUUAAAUCAUGAACUCAAAAAAUACAAACAAAAUUCAUUGAUUUUUUUUUUUUUUUUUUCUCAUUCCUCACCUCUCAGUAUGAUACUUGAAUUUGAACCACUAAGGCACCCAGAAUUUUAUGUAAAUGUGUUAGUAUGACUUGCUAAUGAACAGACUUUUUAAAACGUUGCUUUAAAAAAUUUUAUAUAUAUUUAUUAGUUUUUUGCACUACACUGUAACUGUAUUUUGUUUAAAGUCCUCUUCAUGGUGGUCUUACCAUUUAUUUCUUCUUCUCUGAAUUUAAAAAAAAAUGUAUAUCUCACUAUUAUUUUCAAUAUUAUUUACACCAUUACAUCAGAUCACUUGUACAAGUGAAUAUAAGUCUGCAAGUUUAAUAAGGUAGCAGGCACAAGUUGCUUUUAUCUGGACAUGUGUUUUUGUUUGAGUGCCUUAGUAUAUUACUCGCAUAUUUCAGGUGCAUUUUUUUUUUUUUUUUUCCUUGUGCUUUAAAUGAAUUCUUGACCAAUGAAUGGAUUUACUCAAUACUUUUUCUUGAUCCUACAAUCUCUUCUGAAACUUUCAUAUCCUGUUUUACAGUUUGGUAUGUUCAAACAAACUGUUUAAAACUUUUUAUUCUUUGAAUGCACAUUUUGGACACAUGGCACUAAAUAGUCUGGGAGACUGUUUUGAUGGCAGUAUGAUGUAUUUCAUGUUUAAAAACAAUACAAUUUCAUUGACAAAGCAAAAGACGUUUGUCUACAAAAACUAGAUGUUAAAGAUGAGCACUCUAAGCAACAAAAUUGCCCUGCAGUGUUGGCUAUGGUGUCAGAAAUCUCUUCGCACAGUCUCACAGCAAGGAAUCAAAACAUUGUCAAAUGGUUUGACACUUACCUGGGUCCUCCAGUUUUCUGCAGUCAUAGCAUUAUUCUGCAUUAAUGUUCCCUUACCUGGGCUGAAUUCACCAACUAUAAUUUUGUUUUCCUGGCACUAUAGUUUCCCUUUAACGCGCAAUAAUUAUUUAAAUCCGGGCUUGACAAAUCCCAGAUAGACUAGAAAUUUUUACCUGGCGCCUGGGAUUUGUCAGCUUUUUACCUAAAGAGGCCGGCUGGGCAAACAAUGGAACAGGCCGGCUCAGGGUUCGUGGAGGAACCACCCUGGGCUGCAUGGAGGCGGCAGGCUGGGGCAAAGAUCUUCCUGCAGAUCCUGCUCCCUCGCAUAGGAAAGCAUUGGGAGGAUUUUGCGCAUGCUCUCCAUGGGUAACAUUCAGUGCCUCCAUACUGAGCACGGAUUAGUGGUUGUCUGAGUGACUGUCACUAGAGGUCGUAAUAGACAGCAAUGUAAACACUACAUUAAUCUGUAGUGGAUCUGGUGAUUAUAGUGUCCCUUAAAAAAAACAAAAAACUGGAUCCUAGAUUCCAAACUAAUUUGUCAAGCUCUGAUUUAAAUAAUUGAAAUCCAAAACACAAUAACACCUUAUCCAUUAGUUUGAUACUCUGGUAACUCCAAAGUCUCUGCCAAGUGAAAGGUCACCUGACCACCUAUGUCAUGAGUGUGCUGGUCCUAGCUCUCAAAAAGUAGAGCGAACAAAAAAAAAUAUAAGGGAAUGCGAUAAGUGUGUUUUAAAAAAAAAAAAAAAAAAAAUCCUCUUGGCCAUAGAAAUUGUGGUACAGUGAAGGUGUAAAACAAUUCCAUCCAUACGGGGAUGAAAUUAUUUUAUGUGGGAAUAUAAACUUUGGUGUUUUAUAGAGGGGUUGGAACGAAUGCUCCCAGAAACCAAAGUAGUUGGAAAAAGAAUGUCUGUUACAAAAUAAAUUUUUUUUAUUAAUAUGUAUUUAUUUUCAAAAUUCUUUUCAUAACUGCUUAAAAUCCUACCUCUUCUUAGUUCUUACAAUAGGAACCGAACUUUCUUUGAACUGAUCUUCCCGUUUUCUACACUUCCAUCCUUCAAAAUGUAAAUCACUAGUCAGUAAAAAGCUAUUCAAGUCAAGAUUUUACUGAAAAAUCAUUCCUGCUAUAAUCUUUAAAUGUUUCUUCAGUGGUAUAAAUUUCAGAGAAGUGACCGUUAAACUUUAAAUUAAAAUAAAUUUUUUAUCAAGUACACAUCUAUUUUUAUUUUUUAAUAUAAAUCAAUGUUUUUAACUAAUUUUCCCUGUACUUUUUUUUUUUUUUUUUUUCUAGAAAGCAACAAAGAAGACAGACAAGCCCAGAGCAGAAGAGAAAGAUAAUUUGGAUGUAACAGAGCUUAGCAAUGAAGCAUUAAAAAAUGAACUUGUUAAAUAUGGAGUGGCACCUGGCCCAAUUAUAGGUAUGAUUAAAAAUGUACACACUGUAAAUCUGUUUGUUUGAUUUAUGUAUGAAAGGGCAAUAUUUCAUACAUGUGUAUAAAACCUAAACUAUUUUAACUUUUUCCACAUAGAGUGGGGGGAAAGCAAUUAAGGUAUGACUAAGGAUUUCAAGUCCAAUAUUACAAGCUAGGCUAAAAAUGUAACCACCAGUGCAAUGGCUUGGAAUUAGCUAGGUAUCAGCAAUCCUAGCCUUCCUGUCUCCAAAUGAUAUGCACAGCUUCCACCAGUUUCUAGAAUGUUUUCCGAUGAACUUCUCAUUUGUUGUCUUUACUAUUAUGCUAGUGGCAUUGGCCCAGUGAACCAUACAAUAUAAACUGGAAAUAAAUGUGGUGUUUUUUUUUGUUUUUUUUUGGUUUUUUUUUUUUAAAUUCACGCCUGUACUAGCAGGGUUAAUGUUUAUAUGUUGAUAGUGUCACAGCGACUGCCUGGUGGGCAGUAGUAGAGAAAGCAGGAGGGGCAGGUCUGUAAUUAAGUGUAAAAUUGUUGACACAAACUGACCCCUUCCUUACCAGACAAUUGUUCAUGGGGGUCCUUGGCGUUGUAACUACUUUAUCAGGCUUAGUAAAUUGGUGCUUUAAAUGCCCUUUUAAAGUGAACCUGUCAUGACCGGUUCACUUUAGAAGACCGUCUCCGUAUAGAAAAUAUAAUUUUUUCUUGAAGAUGUUGUACUGUUAAUAUACAGCUAUCUCAGGAAAAUAAUGAUUUGACUAGGGUUGAAAUUGAUGAUUUAGGUCUAUAUCUCAAUAAUUUGUAAAAUACAAGUAAAUGUUAGUGGCUUUUUUAUAUAUUUCUACCGUUUUUCUUUUGUCUGUGCAGGAAGUACAAGGAAAGUUUAUGAACAAAGGCUUCUUAAACUUAAAGAGCAAGCAAGUAUUGCAGCCCCCUCCCCUUUGGUAGCAGAUAUGUCAUCAGCAGGCGAUAACAAGCAAAAUGGAAACACUGAUUCUGAGCAUUACAGUGACAAUGAAGAUGGUAUGAUGUUUAAAAAAAAGAAAAUACAUAUUUUUAAGGCAAAUUCUGGUUAUGGAAGUUUGGAUAUAAACUGUGGCUUUCCCAAAACCAGCCUGUCCCUUCUACUGUCACCCAGGUGAUGUGGAAUUUCACUUCAUUCUCAUCUAUUCAAAUUUGAGUGGCAGUGUGGUGGGGAGUAGCUAAGCCUAAACCUAGCAACCUAUUAUUGGUGUCCUAAUUUAUUCAGAUAAUGGGGAAGGAAUAUUCUUUGUAAGUAGCACUGCAGAGUCAGAAAUGACAGAUUUUUCCAGAGCCAAUGCCGAUAACCGGUGCCAAUAUUUUGUACAUUUAAAUUUUUGAAAAAGCAACACAACUUCUACACUAAUCUUGUAUUAAAGUUUAACUAUGUGCACCAAAACCACUUAAUCUAAAUUAAAUUAUGGUACCAGGCGCAUUCUUACCUCAAGGGGUUAAACCAUUGUUUAAUGCAAAGUCUUCUGUUUAAGGUUUCAGAAAGUUAUAUACGACGCGGGAGGUCCUCACGCUAUGCAUGAGGACCUCCAGCGUCUCCAAAAUCCCCAUAGGAAAGCAUUAAUAAAAAAUACCGUGAGGGGGGAGCGUGGACGGAGCCUGACCCAGCACCGAGGGAAAUCAGCGCUGGAUUCAGGUAAAUCACUUAAUUGGGUUUUAACCCCUUCAGCAACAUUGGAUAGGAAGUGGGAGAGAGAAGGGCACUGCAGGGUCCUGCAGUGCCAGGAAAACGGAUUUGUUUUUCUGGCACUGGAGAGUUCCUUCAGCACUUGGGACUCACUACAGCUACUUAAUUUAAUGUCACUGGUGCGUGCAGUGGAAGACUUUUGAAAUACAUUUUUUUUUUUUUUUUCCAGUAAAUAAGAAGCCAUAAGUUCCCUCCCUGUCAUCCCUCAUCCAGACCAUUCUUAUUUUCUCUUUCUUCUGCUUCCUCUUAACUGUAAAUUGUUUAUUUUCCCAAACAGUGCAUUAAGGUUUGCAUGUCAUAUAAAGUCUUGUAAUAAACUUUUUUUUUUUUUUUUAUUUGUUUUCAGAACCUAAGAUAGACAUGACAUUUGAAAAAAGAGAACCUUUGAGGAGCAAACAAAAAGCUCAGGUGACAGUUCGCAGUAGAAGAACAGAGAUGACUGAGGUAUGUGAGCAGCAUUUUUUGUUCAUUAUAUUUAGCAUUAAAAGCUGUGACAUAAAUUUAAAAUGUAGACAUAAAUUUAAAAAGUAUUGAUAUGGCACCUGUAAAAUAAACGAAGGUGGCAAUGGUGACCAUGUAACAAACAUGAUUUAUCUUAAAUUAACACUGUAGCAUUAGGAAUACAUAUUUUUAUUCCUAACGCUAUAGUUUUCCUGUCCUUACUUGUAUUCAGGCCACCUCUCCCACUGUGUCUCCACCUAACACCAUGUCAUUCCUCCUCUUGUGUGGUCCAAUCCAGUGUUUCUCAUAGUAGAGCAUUGUGUACCUAAUGUACAUGUGCAGUGAGUGCCAUUUGCGUUCAAAUAUAUGCGUUUUACUUGGUCAGUGCUGCAGAAGUUUUAAUGGCUGUCGUACUGACCGCUACUAAAGGUGGAGUUAACCAUGCAAUAUAAACAUUGCAUUUCCAUAAAAUAUACAAUGUUUACAGGGUUGAAAGGACAGGGACAUUGCACCCAGGCCACUUUAAUGAGAUUUAAGUGGUCUUGUCGACUAUAAUGUUCUUUUAAGACACAUUUUCAAUUUUGUUUUAAAUUGUACACUUUUUAUUUUUUUUUAUUUUAUUUUUUUAUUUACAUACGUAAUUGGUCAAUUGUAACAUUUACAAUUUAAAGGGACACUAUAGUCACCAGAACAACUACAGAUUAUUGAAUUUGUUGUGGUGAGUAGAAUCAUUACCUUCAGACUUUUUGCUGUAAACACUGUCUUUUCAGAGAAAAUGCAGUGUUUACAUUACAGCCUAGUGAUCACUUCACUGGCCACUUCUCAGAUGGCUGUUAGAGAUCCUUCCUGUGUCAUGGCUGCCUAAAAUGCAUCCAAACAUUCAGUCUGUCUUCCCUCUGCAUGCAGACACUGAACUUUCGUCGUAGAGAUUCAUGGAUUCAAUUAAUCUCUAUGAGGAGAUGCUGUGUUUGAAUCAUGCUGGCUCUGCCCCUGGUCUGCCUCCUUGUCAAUCUCAGACAAUCCUAUGGGGAAGCAUUGAGAGUGGAUCAGGUUACCACUUCUGAUGUCAGACUGCUUGUUUUUUUGAGUCUAACAGCAUGCAGAGUUACAGCUUCAGGCUUGAAUACAGUAAGAUUUUUACUAUAUUUAUGGAGGCAUGAGGGGCUCAGGAGGGCUAGAUGGUAGUUUUAACACUAUAGGGUCAGGAAUACAUGUUUGUGUUCCUGACCCUAUAGUGAUCCUUUAACUUGUGAAUUCUGUGUGUUUUAUUGUCCUUGUAACCUUCUUAGUAGAAAAAAAAAAUUGUAAUUGAACAUGGUAUAUUGAAGAGUUGUGAACUGAGCAUAUGUGUAUACCUCUAGUUUAUGUAAGUCAGUGUGAAGUUUUGUUUACAUUCUGAACAUCACUUAAGUUAAUGAUGCCUUGUGGCAUUUUUAUACAUGUUUGUUUAUAUUUAGCGUACUCCACUUUUGCUUUUUACAUAUAGACAAUUGAAGACACAGAUGGCAUACCAGAGCUAAAUGUCAAAAGAAGUAAUAGGUCUCCCCCUGUGGAGUUUACCGCUGAAGUUGAAGAAUUAUUCACCAAUGAUCUUGUAAAGCAAUUGCUUAAUAUCUCACUUUGAAGUUUUAUUUGGUCAUGCCAUAACAUGGUCUUUGUAAGGGAAGUCUGCUUUUUAUUCCACUUUUAAGUUUCUUUGGGUUUUUUUUGGUAUCACUUUAUUUAAAUAAAAAUUGAACACUGUGUGUUUAUUUUGGUGUUCUCAGACUUUCUGCUUUGCAUGUGCAAGACCUGGCGUGGGUAACUGUUGUAGAUGGGAAAUUGCUUUCAUAACAUAUAUUUAAUACUUAAUUAGAGCACUUCUGAAGAUGUGGUUAAUGAACCUGCGUGGACACCUGGACCUUUGAAAAGUGGACGUGUUCAAGCUCUUUCUAAAGAAAUAACAAGAGUGUCACGAAGAACACCAAGGAAAAGGGUGAUGGCACAAUUAUUAUUUUUCAUCACUCAUUUUAUGAAUGGGGCACAUUUUUCUGGUUGGGUCCUGGUUUUUCUCUUACUUUUAUUUUUUUUACCUAAUAGGAUGUAACUGCAGAUUCAUUGCCGUUUGAUGCAGAUAUCACAGAGACUACUUCAAAAACUGAAACUAUUACGACUGCAAGCAACCAAAUUCCAGUAAAUACUUCUAACAUUUUUUCCUAUUUGCUUAAGUUAAAUUAAGUCACAUCACACAAUUCUUUAUUUUUUUUUAAUAUCUUUAAUGACUAAUUACUUUUAUAUUGUCAUGCAUCAGGAAAAACACUUUUUAGAGGCAGAGCCCCACAGGAGAAGUUGUUUGAGCAUUGGUGUUCCACUAAACUGUCACUUUUGUAAUAAACUAAAUGGUCCGGGAUGUCUGGAAUGGUGAGGGCUACUAAAAUGCAAGUUAGAGCCUUGCAUUGGACAGCUGUCUUGGAUUGAAUGGAUGGUACUCCAAACAUUAGUCUUGGCAACGCUUUUUGGUGCAGAUCUUUGUUUUUAGAUCAAAGCAUUUGAACGCCCUUUCUCUGUACUGGGGGAUAGUCAGAUCUGUUCUGACAAUUAGAGACUAUAUUUGAAACCCGGGUUUAAAUAAUCUUUAGAGGCAGUAUGUGCAUAACUCUACAUAUCUUAAACAGUGCAUACAUGUUAAGUUCUACACAUCUUCUAUAAUUUACUUAGUUUUAAACCUUUCAGCAAUACACAAAAAAAAUAAACUAGUGAUUAACCAAAAAUAAUAUAAGCGAUUACCAAUAAUAUAAGACCUUAUUUGUGGGGGAAGUAUUGUGAGGUGGCUAUGGGUUUCACUUAUUUACUUAGUUUUGAAUUAUUGUAUUUGAAUAGCUAAGAAUGUAUAAGACUUUACAGAUUUUUUUUUUUCUGUCAUAUGGUGGCAGUACUACUGGGUUUUGCUCCUCCCUGUGGACAAGACAUCUAACAAGUAAUUAAUGAUCUAAAAGACCCUCCCCCUUGCCCUAUAAAAUGCCGAACCGCAAAACCUACCCCAGUUUCCUUUCUUGUCCCGAGAGGGAAGGACAGGGUGAGACACAUGGGCUGUCUGUUUGGGGGACCUGGUCUGAGAGCUGCCAGGGUGGUAUGCUGAGAGACCAUGCUCCUAAAACGGUAUUGCGGAGCAAGUGGAGGUUAUUUCUCUUUAUGCCGAGAAUGGUUCCGGCAAUGCUUCCAGGAGGCGGAGCUUGUCCGGAGUAGGCGCACCGUGGUGGAACUCACGCCCGGGUGGUGAUGCGUUCCACCUAAGCUUCCGGGUGCGCUAAAAUGCAUGCACGAACCGGAAUCUUAAAGGUACAGACCAAAAAAAGAAAGAAAAAGAAAAUUUGAAUUCUGGUGUAUUAAUUGAGCUAUGCAGGUCAGAAGAGGUACUCCGUGUCACCUGCCCCCACAUGGCUCAGAGGUAUUUUGAGGUAAGAUUAAAGAAAUCUUUUCUUUAGAAUAUGCUCUGGAAAAUUUAUAGGAAAUAUUAAACAAUCUAAAGCCUCCGUUUAUAUUUUUUCCACAGAUAUGUCUAGCCCAGCUUAUCAAUGGAUAAAAGAGCCAAAACCUCUUGUAGGCGAGGUUAUCAGACGGCCGGCUUUCAAUGCAGGGCUUUACUGGCAGGAGCAGCGGUUGCCAGAGCAAAUAGCAUUUGGUUAAACACGGUAUAAGAUAUUUUAUAUUCUGACCAAGAUAAAGAGCUUAGCCACAUGUUUCAGAACAUGCGUUUGUCUAACGAAUAUCUGUUGGAUAUGUUGGUAGAGGUUCUUAAGUUGGCAUCCAGAAUUAUGGGAUUGUCUUCGGUAGCAAGACGAGCCUUAUGGUUAAGGUCAUGGACGGCGGAUUCUGCUUCCAAAUCGGUCCUUGGUGAGCUUCCAUUAGAAAAAACAAAAUUAUUUGGGGCUCCUUUAGAAGAAAUUAUUAAGCAAAUGUCAGAAACCAAAAAGGUGCUUCCUCAAGAUAAGUUCUCCUGGAGAUCAGGUUACAGGAAUUUCCAGUAUAAAUACAGGAGAUCAUAUCAAGAGAGACUGUAUUUCUUUCAAAGAAGGGAAUACAAAUCGGAGAUUUGAACAAAGAGGUGAUGUUAAAAGAAAAAAAACACAAGAAAUCCUUGGGUUCUACGUCUUAUCCAGCAGGGACACAAGAUCAUAUUUACAGAGAAAACAAGAGCAAAGCUUCUGCUAUCAACUUGCCAGUCUUCAAAAAGAUCACAAGCCCUAUUUUCUCAGACCAUGCUUCUUUUGCAAAAAAGGGUGAUAGAGUACCAGUAAAACAAAGAUUUUGUGGAGUUUAUUCAAGAUUAUUCCUGGUUUCAAACCCAGACCACUCUUUUCUUCCCAUUCUGGAUUUAAAGAACAUCAGCUGGUUUAUCCCUUAUCAAAGACUUUGCAAGGAAUCAAUUGCUUCUAUUUGUCCUCUGUUACAAAGAGGCGACUUUAUGGUAAAAACAGACUUGAAGGAUGCUUAUCUGCAUGUUCCGAUUGCUGCAUGUUCCGAAUGCUACCUCUUCAAGAAAAUUUCUAAAAUUUGCGAUAAAAAGAGGAAGAUCCACCAUUCAUUUUCAGUUCAGGGCUCUGCCGUUUGGUCUGUCAUCCGCCCCAAGGAUAUUUACAAAGAUCUUGACUCCUCUGACAGCUCAUUUGAAGGAAUUGGGAAUAUCCAUUAUCCCUUAUUUGGACGACUGGCUUUUCAUGGCACAUACAGAAGAACAGCUGCUCAUGGACCUGCAGGUCACGAUCAGAUUUCUUCAAAACCACAGCUAGAUCUUAAACCUAAAGAAGUCAGUUCUCAUUCCAACAAGAGAAAUAGUUUCUCGGUUUCAGAAUCAAUUCAGUCUCCAUGUCUAUUCAUCUUCGUAAAAACGAAAAAGGAGGAGAAUCUAAGAGGCGAUUUCCAAUCUCCAAAGGAUGGAUUGUUCCUUCAGACAGGCCAUAGGUGUAUUGGGCCUUCUAACUGCCGCUUUUCCAGCAGUCAAAUGGGCAAGAUCAGAGGUCAGACCUCUACAAUGGAACAUCCUGACUACCUGGUCAAAAAAGGAAGAAGAUUUAGACAAAAAUUUCUUGUUCAGGGGAACAACAUAUUCAAAAAUGGCACAAAUCAGACAAGGGGUUCAAAAGUUAGUAAAAAGUCCUUUGUGACUAAAUGAAGCAUGGCUUUCUGGCCCAAACCAGUUUCAGAGUCUUCUAUCCUGGAGAUAAGUAAUUCAAUUAUCUCCCAGGACAGACACAAGACUCCAUUAAGCACAUGGUUGCAAAAAGACACAAAACACUUUAAAAUACAUAGUCACCUUUUACACAUAACACACAGACAUUUCACAUAUCCCCAGAUAGCUGGGAUCUGAGCGCACAAAACUACCAAAUAGCGCUCAGAUCCUAUUCACACAGUUCAAUUGCUAUGGAGCCGAAGUCUUUAACUACACAAAUGGGCUCCAUGGCAUAGCUAUCUGGGUUAACACAUUCUCAUAAAGUCUGGUCCAUAGUCCAAAGGCAAGAGGCGGGCAAGCAGCCCCCUCCAAGGACACGUGGCGAGGCCGGUUUCGCCACAGUCACAAUGAAAUCUGGAAGACAUUUCGGCAGUUCACAGAAGAAGGAGCGACAAUGUAAUAGCCGACGAUCUAAGCAGAGGGAAGUGGGAUCAAAAAGAAUGGUCUUUGAACCCAGAAAUUUUCAGAAUCCUGACAGAAAGAUUUGGAGUUCCGGAAGAAGACUUGAUGGCAAGACCUUCAAACACAAAGGUUUACAACUUCGCCUCCCUAUUCAGAACAGAUCAACCCAAAUGGAUAGACGCUCUAUCAAUAGAGUGGAACUUACGUGUUUCCACCUCUGCCAUUAAUCCCAAAGGUCCUUCUCAAGAUACGAACAGACAGAGCGAGAGUAUUGGCAAUAAUCCCAUAUUGGCCAGUCUGGUUUUCGGCUGUAAAGAAGAUGGCCAUCGAUCAUUGGGAGCUUCAUAUAUCAAACUUCCUCAUUGUGAACAGGGACCUGCCCUUGAAAGGUUCUAGAAAUAUUCAGGUUCACUGCUUGGCUACUGCAAGGCUAAUCCUCCGUAACCAAGGUUUACAAGAAGACCGAAUAGCUGUCUGUCUUCACGCUACUAGGAAGUCUACGUCUAAGAUUUACUUUAGGAUUUGAUCUAAGUUUCUCCACUGGUGUAAGGAACACCAGUGCCUGGUUUUACAUCCAUCCAUAGAUAACAUUCUCCAUUUUUUUACAAGACGGUUUUGCAGGUGGUCUGGGAGUCUCCACGCUCAAAGUUCCAAUAUCAACCUUAAGUUUUUUUUUCUAAUUAAGGAUUUGGCCUCCAAUGUUUACCUCGGAAGAUUUUUCAGGUCCAUCAGCCUCACGACCACCUAGACGAUCGGUGUUUCCAACCUGGGAUUUAGCCCUGGUCCUACAAGCUCUUAGUGUUCAUCCCUUUGAACCUUUGGAAGAAGUUCCAUUAAAAUGUCUCUUAAAGUUUCAUUUCUGGUAGCCAUCACAUUGGCUAAAAGAGUGGGAGAACGUCACACUCUGUCCUCCUCCGAUUAAUUCACCAUUUUUCACAAAGACAAGGUUGUUCUUUAUCCAAGACAGUCUUUUCUACCUAAAGUUUGAUCUUCAAAGAAUAUUUAUCAGCCGAUUGUUUUACCUUUGUUUUGUAGCGAAGCCUUAUCUCCUCAAGAGCUCAAAUGGCAGAAAUUGGACGUCAGAAGAGCUUUACUUGUAUACCUAGCCAGAACUAAAUUCAGAAUUUCGGAUCAUCUGUUUAUUAAUUUUUUUUCAGGGUCACCUCAAGGGGAAUGUGGCUUCCCGCGGUACUUUAUCUCGUUGGCUCAUUCAAGCUAUAGAAUUGGCGUACUCUACAGCAGGUCUUCAGUCUCCAGCUACACUUAAGGCCCAUUCCACCCGAGCAAUGGCUACCUCAUGGGCAGAAAAAGCACUUGCAUCUCCAGAGGUCAUCUGCAAGGCAGCAUGCUGGUCGUCUUUUAACACUUUUUUUUAUCAAGCACUAUCGGCUAGACUCAUUCUUCGCCUCUGAAGCCGCUUUUGGGCGUAAGGUGUUACAAGCUGUGGUGGCCCAGAUGGGAUCUUGCUAUAUCUCAGUAGUACUGCCACCAUCUGACAGAAAAAAAUGAAAUUUUUACUUACCGUAAAUUCUUUUUUUCUUAAUAUGGUAGCAGUACGGCUUCCCUCCCUCUUUAUUAAGUAUUUUUGCAGUAGUCUGUUUCUUUUUCUUGUCCCGUACUGGGGUCGGUUUUGCGGUAUGGCAUUUUAUGGGGCAAGGGGGAGGAUCUUUUAGAUCAUUAAUUACUUGUUAGAUGUCUUGUCCACAGGGAGGAGCAAAACCCAGUAGUACUGCCACCAUAUUAAGAAAAAAAGAAUUUACGGUAAGUAAAAAUUUCUGUUUUCCAUGCACUGCUUCUUUGGGCCUCUGCUUUCCAGUUGAGGCUCACAAAUUACACUGUCCACUAUUAGUUUCUUUGACACUCUGCAGCUUGUAAUAUAAGUAUUUACACAGUAAACCAAGAUUUUUUUUUUUUUUAAUAGUCAUUGGUUUAAAGUAUACCUAUCAUAGUACACACACUUUAUUUAAAUUGAGAGGUUGAUCUAUCCAUUGUGCUAGCACACUUGUUGGCAAAUGUAUAGAUUUUCUUAAGGCCAUAUGAAGGUGAUUGACUGGGAGAAAGGAGGGGAACGUUCCAGGGGUCUACGUGCCCUGUUGUUGGUGUGCUGAUUUAUCAAGCACAUGCAUAUGUCAGUCCAUUCUGACAUUAAUGCUCUGGUAAUAAAACAAUCAUUAUUUAUUUGAAAAAUUGGUAUAUAACUUAAAAGGACAUUGUAGGCACUAUAACCAUUGAAUCUUAUUGAAUUGGUUUUGGUGCCAGAGUCUCCUGGUACGGUCACUGCUUUUAGUGUUAAACCAUUUUUGAGCAGAUUUGCACUGACUGAGUGUCCCAUAGCUCGGCAACCCACUGGAGGCGUGUUAAAGGAAGAGACUACACACUUCAUUCCUGAGAUGUGCUGAAAGUGGUCAUCUACUAAUCACAGUUGAGCAGCACAUGGGAGAUGAGCUGCUGGAAAUUGGUGUAGCAUUUAAAAUGGUUUAACACUAAAUGGAAGGAUAGCGCCAGUUGAAUCCACUUCAGCACUUAAUUGAGAUGAAGCAGUUACAGUGCCUACAGUGUCCCUUUAAGAAGUUGCAAAUUAAAGUGAAUUAUCAUGAUGUGUACUUUGUAAGAUCAACCAUAAUUUAGUAAAGAGUGGCUGGUAGCACAUGAGACUUGACUCUUUUUAUAAAGUAGAAUUAAUGGGACAAACCCUUUUGAAAUGUAUAGAAAAAUAAUUGUGUGGGGAACAACGUGAAACUAGUUUGUGUAAACUGCUAAUUUGAUGCUUUGAAAGCAUUCUUGUUAACACUUUAAAAUUUAACUACUUUUCCCUUUCUUAUUUAAAUAGGCUUAUACAGCAUAUGAGCAUUUUGAAUCACGACAGGUUCAUAAUCAGGUUCCUCAAACUUUCAAGCAUAAAGAGACAUUGCUUUCAGUCAACGAAUACUCAGACUUGUCAAGAAGGACCCCAAAGAAACAGCUGAUGAGUGAAAAAGUAAAUACAUUGAAAUUGUGCUUUCUCUACCUCCCGGUACACCAUAGGAACCUUUAUUUUGUUAGUCUAUCACAGUUCCAAGCUAAUGGAAUUUUAGGUGCUAUUGGAACAUCUUAAAUUACAUUUUAAUCCCUAUGUAAUCUCCAUAUGUGCAGAAAUGUUUGCACAUAGUAUUAUGUCUCUUGGUGAAAAUGACACACUAAAAGUAGACAUCCAGGUUUAUAAUGAUUUAAUAUUUUGGUAGCUUCUAUUGUGUGGUUGACCAAGUGUUCAUGUUUUGCUAUACUUAUUGCAGUGCAUGAAAUUGUUACAGCAAACCGAAGCAGGUACUCCUCCUAAACGGGUGAUUGAUGUUGAUGUAAUUGGUUAUUCAAACUCCAGUGAUCUUCUGAACACAGCCUUGAUAGAGGUGAUGGCUUAAAAUCCUUCCAUCCUCUGAUUUUUAUAUUUUAAAUAAAAAUUUCUUUGUGGCUUCCAAGACAAAUAACCAAAAAGAUUUUGUUCAUGUUGAAGGAAACCAAAGACAACACUGAAGACUCUGUGGAGACGUCUAAAAAGUCAAGGCAAUUGAAAAUAACAAAGUUUGUUACUCCCAUUAAAAAACAGGGAAGAUAUCUUCUAUAGCACACUUGGUGGUGAUGUCUUUAAUCUCAAACUCACUGGGCUUAGUGGUCUCUCCUUUUGUUAUUGUAAGUGGUUUUUCUGUUUUUAAGUUGUAUCUUUAUUUUUUCUCUUAUGUGUAGGUUGUAGAAAAAACAUUUGAAGAGAAAAUAACCGAAAAGGAUAUCCUUAAGGAAAUGUUCCCACAUGAAGUUUUAACUCCAACAGGAAUCAGGUAUUUUCUUAACAUUGUACUCUAUCUGUUGACUUUAUUUUUUUAUUUAACUUGGUAACAUAUGGCAUUGAACAUUAUCUUUACCAGAGUUCUAGGAUUUUACUACCAUUUAAGUAAUGUUGUGUAGCAUUAUUGCAAUAUUUGGAAUUAAGUUAGUCCCACAGCUAUAGGGGACAAAAUACAUAAUACAUGUGCAAAUAGUAAUGCUGGUAUUCUGCAAAGCCCAUCAGUUGUUUUGUACCUUAGACUUACAACUUAAGUCAUAAUGCAAUGAUCAAGUUCGCUGAAAGCUUCACUCUAGGGUCAAUUCAUAAUUUUGAGUCUUAAUCAUAAAUCUAUGCAAAUAAAGUGUGUGCACAGAACAUACUGGGUUUAAAACCUUUCAUUUUUUAGAAAUGAACAGAUGUAAUAUAAGCAUAGCAAAUAAUAAAAAUUAACAGGAGACGCCAGACACUAUAUAACCACUUCAUUGAGUGGUUACAGUGCCUAAAGUAGGCCAAUUUAAGUAUUCCAGAUGCUGUGGACUAAAUCUCCUAUAUUUGUGUUGACUGCAUUGUGGCUGUAAAAUUAUUAUAGGAGAUCUAGUCCACGUGUGGAGUUCUGAAGGUUGCCUAUCCCUGUCCCAUUUUUAUGCAUAAUACAAAUGUAAAAACACAUUUAAAAUAUACUACCCAGGCAUAUUGCAAGGAUCCUGUCCCUGCAGUUAAUUGUUUGGCAUAUCUGUCAAACUGGCAGACUGAUUUAAAGCAGAGCUGAUAGCUUAGCCCCCAAGCCCUGUUGGGAAAAGAGUUGGUAAUGACACUGCACAUCUUGCGUACCAGCUCAUAUUAAUGCGUUAGUAUGAUAGACUGGCUAGGAAAGGACUUGCAUGCAAAACUUCCCUGGAGUUGGCUCUUGCAAGACCAAAGCCUGCCCCUUACUGAUGCUUCCACCAAUCAGUGGGACGAGUGCAUGCAAGUCCUUUUACAACAGCAUUAUUUUUGUGUUAAGCUUGGAGGUGGCAUUUCUUGCUCUUUAAGUCUUUAAAGCAGAUCCUUAAAGUUAUGUUCUGCCCAUUAGACAAAUAGACUCUCUUGCUAAAAUAAACAUAUAUUUGGAGCUAGUUUUAAUUCUGUUUUAGUAUCUAAAUGCAUGCAUUUCUUAAGACUUGUUAAAUGCAGAACUCUAAUGCAUCUAUAUAAUUUUGUUACAGUGCCAGUUGUAGGAGACCAAUUAGAGGAGCUGCUGGCCGACCUUUAAGUCUAAAAGAUUAUAAAAUUGACGAAAGUUAUACAAAAUAUGUUUCGUCUAAGUACACACCAGUUGUGGAAGUGAAGACUCCAUCUGUAAAUGUGAAGAGCAGAAGAAGCAUACCUAUGUGGAUAAAGAUUUUGCUGUUUGUUAUUGUGGCUGUGUUUGCAUUUUUAGUUUAUCAAGCAAUGGAAACAAAUGAAGGGAAUCCCUUUUCCAAUAUUCUAAAAAAACAACUUGAAUCAAGUAAAACUGAGAACUGACUUGGUGCAUUUACAGUUGAAUAUUUUUAGCAAGUCUAGAAUUACAAAAAAAACUGCCAUGUGUCUCAAAGUUUAGAAAUUAUGUGACCGCACUUCAUAAAAUCGUCUGUAUAUGAAUAAAGAUGGUACAUAUGGACAUCUGAAAUUCAUUUUUGACUUUGAACAGCUAGAAGAGGACUGUGCCAUAAUACAUUAUUUUUAUUAGAUAAUUCUGGAACAUUUUGUAGCUUUUGUUGUAUUUCUAUCAUGGACCCUUCAGUUAAUUAUGGAGACCUUCUUUUUCAAAGAAAAUAUGAAAAGAACUGUAACUCAAUGUGAAGCCUUUGUUUCCUUAAUGUUUUUAAAGUAACAAUUUCACUCAUGCUAUUUUGACAUUUGUGUGGGAGGGGUGGGCAUUGGGUUAGUAUAAGACUGGUAAAUGGGACAUAUUUUGAUAUAGCUGUGCAGCAUAGAUUGACAUAUUAAUGCUUUUUUUUAAAGAAUCUACAAUAUCUUUAGAAGAUGGUAACCUUUUAGUACAUUAUGUAAUGUAUUUAUCUGUCGCAGAUUCCUGCAACAAUGCUUUUACUGUGUGUCAUUUGGACUUCACUGAUUUCUAAAAGGCAGUGUUUCUGCUUUUGUAUCAUGUAGCACAGGCCCAAAUCUUGAGCUUGAAACCUUUUGUUCCAUUCAAACUACUGUGUGAAAAUAAAAAAUGCAAAUGUAUUCCCAAAUAUUUUGGACAUUUUUAUCAGAUCUGAAAAAUUCAGAAUGAAAAUUAGCACUAUUUUUUUGUAUUUUCCAGUACUGAAGAUUGGUGAUUAAUACUUUUAUUGGUGUGCAAACAGUUUUGUAAUGUGUUGCAGGAAUCUAACUUUCAUGCUGGGUUUCAAUGUCUUUAUUUUAAAGAUGUGGGUUUAUUUCUCAUCUUCUAAGUGAUAAAUCAUUUUAGAUAGCAACUGAAUGUCUCUUCAUGUGUGAUAGUCUUUCCAAGACAAAAUGAUGCAUAAACUGCAUUAUAAAUUGAUUUCAGAAACUCUGGCUUUUGUAUUUAAAAAGAAAAUCCUCUGCUUUUGAGGGAUUACCAUUACACCUUGUAGGAUAAGAAAUGUAAAGGACAAUGGUCACCUUCUAUCUAUUUAUAAUCCUUUCAAGUUUUUUUUUUUUUUUUUUAUGAAGUAAAAGUAAAAAAAAAAUAAAAAAAAAAUUCCUAUCUUUAGUGACUGUAUCCCUUAACCAUAUACAUAACCUUUCAAUGUUUGAAAACAGGCAGUGUCCGGUGCUUUUGAGGAGUGAGUGAAGCAGGGAAUACCACAGACCGUUUUCAAGCACCAUGUGACCCAAUCUGUAUAUUAUAUAAAAUUAUAUUCUAUAUUCUCUCAAGGAACCUGCCAUACUAAAGGGUAGGGAUGAUUUUUUUUUUUUUCCCUUUAUUGAGCAGGGAUUAACCGAAGGGCAGGCUAUUGGGUUUUUCUGAGCUUUUGCCCAUUUUCAUAUUCUAUUUUUGGUAUUCACCUGUUUAUCGUUUUGGUAAUAAUAGCGAUACAAUUGUGGACAAUUAGGGUAUUACGGAUACCAAUUAAUUAAAAUGCUGUAUGUACAGUUCCAAUGCUUCCCCCGCUACCUUGACAUACCAGUUGUGCAGGUUUUCUCAGUAUCCCCCAUAGAUGUAGAACUAGGAUAUGUGUAAAUCAUUAAUCUCGCUUAUAGUGCUUUAAGGCCUGGACUUGGCGCUAUUAAUUUACAGCACAAUGUUUAGUAACCGCAUAUUACCCAGUAGUAGCAAUAAGAAAAGACCAGCUAAUCCUAACUGUCCAUUCUAAAUCUCUGCUAAGAUCGCAGAAUCUUGAGUAUCAAGAGUGUAACCCAGGCUCCUAUAUUCUGUAAACAUUUUAAUUAUUAUGGUUUGUAAGUACUAAGACGGGAAAGGCUUAAGGAAAUUUUGGAGGCAGUGUUGUGGCAUGGUUCAAAUGUGGUUUUAAAACUAUUUCCACUGUUAAAUGUGAAAGGGGUUAAUCUUUUUCGUUUUGCCUCUGUAGUUUCUACCUGUACUAGAUUGCAAUGGUUCUUUUUAAACUUGUUUUUUUUUUUUAUUGAACGGUAUUUUAAACAUUUCAUAUUAAUUUGGUAUAUAAAGAAAUCAACAUUUAACAAUAGAAACUAGUAGAAAUAAGAAGGGAAGGUGAAAUUAAAAAAAAGAGGGGACCGUUACUAUCCAAAUGUACAAUAAUAAAAGUGUAUUUGUUCCUGUCAAAAUAUAAUACAGAGCGUAAUAUAACCAAUUGUAUGUCUAAAUAUUGUAUAUCCACAUGUAACAGGGCGUGUGGAAUUGUCUUUAGGAGAAACGCUUUUACUUAUAUAACACUUCCAGCCAUCCCAAUGAAACUGCAAAGUCACUUUUUGAGGUGAGGGUUGCUGCAACGCUAGUUCAUACUUUUUUUAUCAAGCACUAAAAUCAUUGCUUCCUUAAUUGAUGGUAAAGUAGUAGACUUCCAAUAACAAGAUAUAAUCGUCGUGGCCUACCAUGAUUCCAUCUAAUUUACUUGAUGACUUGGAGAUUUUUUAAUAAACUCACCUCCUGGAAAGAAUGUUAUAA